AUGGCUGCUCCGUCAAUCAAGCUGAACAACGGCAAGCAGAUGCCGCUUGUUGGCUUCGGUCUCUGGAAAGUCACCAACGAGACGUGCGCUGACCAGGUCUACAACGCGAUCAAGACUGGCUACCGUCUAUUUGAUGGAGCUUGCGAUUACGGCAACGAGACGGAAGCUGGCCAGGGUGUGAAGCGCGCCAUUGAUGAAGGCCUCGUCAAGCGAGAGGAUCUGUUCAUUGUCUCCAAGUUGUGGAACAGCUUCCACGACAAGGAGCGCGUUAAGCCAAUCGCCAAGAAGCAGCUCGCGGAUUGGGGCCUCGACUACUUCGAUCUCUUCAUCAUUCACUUCCCGAUCGCCCUCAAAUACGUCGACCCUUCUGUCCGCUACCCGCCAGGCUUCUUCGAUGAGAACGACAAGCUCACCUUCAGCAAGGCGCCCCUGAGCGAGACAUAUGCGGCCAUGGAAGAGCUGUACGAGGAGGGUCUCAUCAAAGCCAUUGGAAUCAGCAACUACAACGGUGCCCUCCUGCUUGAUGUUGAGCGAUACGCCAAACACAUCCCUCAAACUCUGCAGAUCGAGCACCACCCUUACCUCGUACAGGAGGAUCUGCUGGCCCUCUGCAAGGACCGCAACAUCGCCGUGACCGCCUACUCAUCGUUCGGCCCUCAAUCCUUCCUCGAGCUCGACAUGCAAAAGGCCAAGGACACACCCCUCCUUUUCGACCACUCGACCAUUAAGAGCAUUUCCGAGAAGCACAACAAGACUCCCGCACAGGUCCUCCUUCGGUGGGCGACACAGCGCGGAGUGGCCGUCAUUCCCAAGAGCAACAACCAGGGCCGUCUUGCACAGAACUUGGAUGUCUGCAGCUUCGAUCUUUCCGAAGAUGAGAUCAAGCAGAUCUCUUCUCUCGACCAAGGUCUGCGCUUCAACAACCCGCUCAACUACGGCGUCAAUGCCCCAAUCUUUGCAUAA